AUGCCAGAGCAUUUCAAAAGAACAACAGGGCAUGCAAGGGAGCUGACUGAGGCAGUGAAAGGCCCCACAUUAGACCUGACAACUCUCACUGAUCAAGAGGAAAAAAUCAUCCAGGCUGUCAUUCAGAAAGAUGAAGUUGAGAGGAGCAUUCUUGAAGCUAAAAUAAGUGAAGUGAGAAGGGAGAUUCAGGAGAUCAGGAAAGCAGGUGCUUUGUCUGCAGGAGAUGAUCAGAAUGCCAUCUGUGCACGCUGCAAGUUCAAGUUCUUGCCCUUCAUAGUGCCCUGGGCUGACCACGGACAGAGAUGUGGUACCUGCAAGUUUACAGUUUGUGCCAAGUGUCGCUCCCCGCAGCCUGGUGGUUCCUGGCUGUGUGUCUUGUGCUUCAAGUACAGGCAAGAAAAACAGCUGACUGGUGAGUUUAUGUCUAAAGGACAACCAAUUGCCAGCACCUUGUAUGGAUCUGAUCUGUUGAGGGCAUCUCUGAGGGACAGAACAACAUUUCAUCACCCAGAGAAGACAGGAUUAAACAGGAUCCAGCAGGAGCACAGGGACAUUCAAAUUUACCACCUCACAGAUGGAUGCAAUCUUCUUAAAUUAAAGAACCACCAAAAGCUGCUGUUGCUGCUGCCCAGCGGAGGAUGGAGAAGCCUAACGUCACCUCGGCAUCCUCCAACAACCACUUGUCUGUGCCUUCAGUAG